AUGCUUGUCACACAAGAUAGCCCUCGCUGUAGCAUUCCGGCUGUUCUUUGGCUUCUCAAGUACCUGGAUUCUAGGGGAAAUAAGGAUGACGAUGCCCAAGUCAAAGCGAAGGAGAAUCCAGGGCUCAACGAAACCAUCCAUUUAGAUCCAAAGGCUGCUCGAGCACCUCCAGCUUUGUGUCCCGAUCUAGCGACGCACCUGCUAUCCAGCUUACUUCCGCCAACCGAGACCAAGACUUCCUCCAACAAGCGCCAACAUGACGAUUCUCGCAGGGUCUCAUAG